AGCUGAAAGCAAAAGCUUCCAAUAUUUACUUUCCCAAUUUUCUCUCUCUGAUUCUGAGUCUCUGCAAAUCCUUUGCUUCUAUUGCUCAAAAAGGUUCUUUUCUUCACUGUUUCCACCUGAAAGAAGAAAAGCUUGAGAAUUUCUCCAAAAGCAGCUUCAAUGGCGACAAACCUUUCUAUUUCAGGUAACCCAAUUCCAACACAUUCGCUCUGAUCCAAACAUUCCACGCCGCAAUGUCUCUUUUAGGGUUUUUUUGGGUUUCCCCUUUUAUGGAGGAGAAGUCCUUCUCUCUCUUUCUCAAUCCCCAUCCCUAUCUCUAAUUCCUGGAAUUCUGUGAAUUUCUGCUGAGAUUGCUAGGGUUUCAGUGAUUUCUCAGACGGUAACUGACUCUGCGCUAUUUCUUCUUCGAUUACUCUUAACUCACACCUUUGGCUGCCUUCGUCAGUGAUUUGCGGUAGCAUCCGUCAUUUUUUGGGUACUCCGAUGUUGAAUUUAGUUCCCCUUUUCCUGGAAUUUUGUUGACUUAAGAUAAGGGUGGUGUUUUGCGGUGGAACCCUGGUCCUUCGAUUUAGCUCGAUUUUGUUGGUAUUUGGGGAAUCUUUGGAGAAGUAUAGUUUUGUAGUUAUGUGCGUGGGGUUAAUCUAUCAGAACUUGUGGGGGGAUAUAAAUGGAUGUUUUUCUCAACUUUGUAAUGGCGGAGAAGGAUAGUAAGCUUAGGAGUAUUUGUUUUGGGCGCUGUCGGUGGAUGGAAUUAUAGCAUCAAUUGCUAUUUGAUUUCUGAGAUUGUUGUUGAUUAUUCAAUAUGGAAAACCCCUUUCCAUCCAAGGAGGAAGGGAUGGGGUAUUGGGGGCCCUCCAGAACUCAGGCCGAUGCUCUGACUUUUACUGACGCUGGAAUGAGGAUUCCUAGUCCUGAAGAUGUGCUCCACAGCAUCUCAGAGCUGAUGAGUUUUGAUACUUAUGCAGGAUGGGGCAACAACUGUGCAGUAAUGGAUCCGGUUUUCACCUCUUGUGGAAUUUCGUCGAUUCCGCCAACGAGUACUUGCCCUUCUAUGGAGGGCUCGACUUUCCCAGAAGGGGGGAGCCAUGAAAUCCUUCCUCUGAAUGAACUUGGUGGAGCUUCCAUUUCCAUGGCGAAUUCUUUUACCUGUGGAGAUGAGGUUACGUUUCAGCAGCCAGAUACUGAAUUUGGGGUAUCUGAUGUUUCGGACAACACAAAUGAAUCAGGUUCGAAUUCAAAUAACGUCCAAGACAUGGAUAGUUGUUUGAUUUCUAGGCCGCUUGGUUGGUCCCUUGAUGAGAGAAUGCUGAGGGCAUUGUCCUUGUUUAAAGAGUCUUCACCUGGAGGUAUUUUGGCUCAAGUCUGGGUGCCUAUGAAGCAUGGAAACCAAUUCUACCUGAGCACCACCGAUCAGCCGUAUUUGCUCGAUCAAAUGCUCACUGGGUACCGUGAAGUAUCGAGGUGGUAUACAUUCUCUGCAGAAGGGAAACUGGGUUCUCUCCUUGGACUUCCUGGUCGUGUUUUCAAUUCCAAAAUUCCAGAAUGGACAUCAAAUGUUAGAUAUUACAGUGACGCUGAGUAUCUGAGAAUGGAACACGCAAUCGGUCAUGAGGUUUAUGGAUCAAUUGCCUUACCAAUAUUCAGUAAUGAACUUGAAAGGUCAUGCUGUGCCGUACUUGAAGUUGUUACUACAAAGGAGAAGCCCAAUUUUGAUGCAGAGAUUGACAUUGUUUCCCGAGCGCUGGAGAUUGUUAGCUUGAGAACUAUUGCACCGCCUCGACUAUAUCCUCAGUGUUUGAAGCAGAACCAGAGAUCUGUAUUAGCAGAGAUAACAGAUGUGCUACGCGCUGUAUGUCAUGCACAUAGGCUACCUCUGGCACUCACCUGGAUUCCUUGCUGUUAUACCUUGCAAGCUGUUGAUGAGGCUGCUAGAGUUCGUGUGAAGGAGAACGACGUCAGCCCAAAGGGGAAAUCUGUAUUAUGCAUUGAGGAAACAGCGUGUUAUGUGAAUGACAAAGCAACUCAAGGAUUUGUGCAUGCGUGUAUGGAACAUCAUCUUGAAGAAGGACAAGGGAUAGUUGGGAAAGCUCUUCAAUCUAAUCAUCCCUUCUUUUAUCCUGACGUGAAGGCAUAUAAUAUUAAUGAGUAUCCGCUGGUCCAUCAUGCACGCAAGUUUGGUUUGAAUGCUGCCGUUGCAAUCAGGCUGAGAAGCACAUACACUGGUGCUGAUGAUUAUAUACUCGAAUUCUUUCUACCUGUCAAUAUGAAAGGAAGCUCAGAACAGCAACUUUUAUUGAACAAUCUCUCUGGUACCAUGCAAAGAAUGUGCCGGAGCUUGAGAACAGUUUCAAAGGACGAAUUAUUGGGGGCCAAGGAUCCUGAUGCUGGAUUCCAGAGUGGAAUGGUUGGUAAGUCUGCAACUACGUCCAGGAGAAACUCACAGUCUACGGUUACAGACAGUGAAACAAGGGUAUCUAACUCAAUAAAUGAUGGAACUAAAGCGGAAUGCCCUAAGAAGCAGCAGACGACUAAUGGUACACGGAGGCAGGCGGACAAAAAACGUAGCACAGCUGAAAAAAACGUGAGCUUUAGCGUUCUUCAGCAAUAUUUUUCUGGGAGUCUCAAGGAUGCAGCGAAGAGCAUUGGUGUUUGCCCAACAACCCUGAAAAGAAUAUGCAGACAACAUGGGAUUCUGAGGUGGCCUUCCCGUAAAAUAAACAAGGUAAACCGUUCGUUGGGGAAAAUACAGACGGUUCUCGAUUCUGUGAAGGGGGUGGAGUGUAGACUGAAGUUUGAUCCAACUACAGGGGGUCUUAUGGCAGCCGGUUCUCUUAUUCCAGAGCUUAAUGGGCAGAACAGUCCUCUCUUCUCUGAUAACAAUCCAUCUAUAAUAAACCUCGAGCCGUUACCUCGGGAUGUAAAUUCAGUUCCUCCUAUCCCUUUCGAUAGUCAGAACCCCCCCGUGAAGUUGGAAAUGGACGACCAAAGAAACUCGUCGAGGAGUCUUCUUAUUCCUGAGAAGGAACCCAGUGUUUGCCAGCUUGAUUGUAGUGAAGGUUCAAAGUCCACUGGGUUAGAUGCUGCAUCAUGCCAGCUUUCUGGCCUGGAUGUGAUGGAUUGGGAUGUCCCAGGGAAUGCCGCAGGUAGUGUUACGGCUAGAAAAGGCAACGGAUUGGAUUUUGUUGAGAAUAAUUUGAGGUCAUGCUCUUUUGGGGCUGCCAACGGGGUGGGAACCAUGUGGGAAGGCAGCGAUGGAAUGAAUGAACAUUACCAGCCAACUACUUCAAGCAUGACGGACUCAUCGAAUGGCUCUGGCUUAUUGAUCCACGGGAGUUCGUCCAGCGGUCAGAGCGUCGAGGAGAGGAAGCAUUUGCAAGAAAAAACUAGCUGUGUUGACAGUGAUUCAAAGAUCGUUGUAAAAGCUUCAUACAAAGAAGACACGGUUCGAUUCAAGUUUGAUCCGUCUUUAGGAUAUCUCCAGCUCUAUGAAGAAGUUGGCAAGAGAUUCAAAUUAAACCAGGGGACAUUCCAGCUCAAAUACCUCGAUGACGAAAAAGAAUGGGUGAUGCUAGUUAGCAAUUCAGACAUGCAGGAAUGUCUUGAGGUGAUGGACGAGAUCGGCACCAGAAACGUGAAGUUUCUCGUACGCGAUAUCACAUGUGCCGUGGGCAGUUCUGGCAGCAGUAGCUGCUACCUAUCUGGAGGUUCAUGAAAAGCAUUUGAUACCUCCACAGUUCGAUAAAGACUCGACCAUUGUUUCUACAGUAUUUCCAUCAACAAGUUGCUGAGAAAGGAAGGUCAAUCAUGCCGCUGCACUCAAAACCAUCACGGUUCUCAAUCGGGAACCGAUACAUAGAAAGUAUCUUCAUAUACAUCCUUUCUCUUCCACACUUUUUGAUCUCUUCUCUGUUUUCAGGCCUCUCAAGGUUCUGAAAGUUGAAAGCACUCCAACGUUUGGGUCGAGUCAAGGUGAGCUCACGGACUCAUACCGAAUUAGAAUCACGGCCGUUCACUCGUAAGUCGAACAGCUUUGUAGAUGAAGAAUUAGGAAGCAUCCUGUUUCAAAAUGGCUAUAUCUUGUAAUCAUGUUUGCAUUACAUUAGUGAAGAGGUGAUAGAAAUUAGUUUAUAUCCAAUGUGAUUAUUUUUUUGGUGUAAUGUAAGUUCUAAAUAAAGUUUGGAAUUGGUAGCUGUGGUAUCUGGACAAGGAAAAUAAUGUAAAAAUUGUUCAUCUUGGUGAGCAGAUUUGACUGAUUCUUGCC